CGCAGAUUGGGGAAAGUUCUGGAAGACCGCGGAGCUGCCGCCAUUUUGCGGGAAGACUAGCAGCUCUGGCUGCGGUGCUUCUUCUACUGCUGAGACUCUGGAAAAUAGCCGUGCUUCGCGCCCUCAACACACCCAAAGGAACGGCGGAAACCGGGGACCCCCCUGCGGGGACCCGGAACUGGGAUGAUGUUGUCCCAAGGAUCCCAGUGACCGCUCUUUCCAGGUCCCAGCCCUGACUUUCGGGGUCGCCGGUACCGGGGCGCGGGCGUGCAGGGAGCAUCGACCCACCGCGGUUUGAGAGGGCUCGCAGGAUCGGUUUUCAGCUCUUAGUGCCACCACUCAGAGAGAUCUGUUAUGAUGGCGUCCGAUGACUUUGAUAUAGUGAUUGAGGCCAUGCUGGAGGCUCCUUAUAAAAAGGAGGAGGAUGAACAGCAAAGGAAAGAGGUUAAAAAAGAUGGCCCUGCCAACACCAGCACGAGCACCAUGAUGAGCACCAGUGGUGGUGGCACCAGUGGGAGCAGCGCUGGUGGGGACUCAAGCAAGAAGAAGAGGAGUCGGAGCCAUAGUAAAAGCAGGGACAGGAAGCGCAGUCGUAGUCGAGACCGGGACCGGCAUAGGCGGAGAAGCAGCCGAAGCCGAAGUCGAGACCGGCAGCGUCGCCACCGCAGCCGGAGCUGGGACCGGCGGCACAGCAGUGAGUCACGCAGUCGAGACCGGCGGCGUGAGGACCGCGUGCGCUACCGGAGCCCGCCACUUGCCACUGGGCGCAGGUAUGCACACAGUAAGAGUCCCCAUUUCAGAGAGAAGAGCCCCGUCAGGGAGCCAAUUGAUAAUCUGAGUCCUGAGGAGCGUGAUGCCCGCACAGUUUUCUGUAUGCAGCUAGCUGCCCGCAUUCGGCCUCGAGACCUGGAGGACUUUUUCUCUGCUGUCGGCAAGGUUCGUGAUGUCCGAAUCAUCUCAGAUCGGAACUCCCGUCGUUCUAAGGGCAUCGCAUAUGUGGAAUUCUGUGAAAUCCAGUCUGUGCCCCUGGCCAUUGGGCUAACUGGGCAGCGGCUGCUAGGAGUGCCCAUCAUUGUCCAGGCUUCGCAGGCUGAGAAAAACCGGCUGGCAGCCAUGGCCAACAACCUGCAGAAGGGCAGUAGUGGACCAAUGCGCCUUUAUGUGGGUUCCCUACACUUCAAUAUCACUGAGGACAUGCUCCGGGGCAUUUUUGAGCCUUUUGGCAAAAUUGAUAAUAUUGUCUUGAUGAAGGACUCAGAUACAGGCCGUUCUAAAGGUUAUGGUUUCAUUACGUUCUCAGACUCCGAGUGUGCCCGGCGGGCCUUGGAACAGCUGAAUGGCUUUGAGCUUGCUGGUCGACCUAUGAGAGUUGGCCAUGUGACUGAGCGACUGGAUGGUGGCACAGAUAUCACUUUUCCGGAUGGGGACCAGGAGCUGGAUCUGGGAUCGGCAGGUGGACGUCUGCAGCUCAUGGCCAAAUUGGCAGAAGGCUCUGGAAUCCAGCUGCCUACCACAGCUGCAGCUGCUGCUGCCGCAGCCCAAGCUGCUGCCGCCUUGCAACUAAAUGGGACAGUUCCCUUGGGGGGCCUGAACCCUGCGGCUCUGACUGCUCUGAGCCCAGCACUGAACCUCGCUUCCCAGGCAAUUGCCUCCCAGUGCUUCCAGCUUUCCAGCCUCUUCACCCCUCAGACCAUGUAAAUCAGUGGCGCAGUACACUGCCUCCCUGUGCCUCUGGGUCCUGCCACUCCCUUCUCCACAUCUACCCUUACAUGGCCCCUUCUCCAUUUUAUGGACCAAGCCAUCCUGAAGGCGUGGACAUUGACUCUGCGGGAAUUUGGGGCCACCCUUAGACUCAAGAAGAGCUCCUGCCCAGGGCCCAUUGGGACUGGACUCCGCUGAGCAAAGCCACUAGUCGAAGAGGACAGAAUCUGCACCUGCAUUGAGCACCUGUCUCUCCUCAUAUGUCAUCUCCUGGGAUGACCUUCAUUGCUCUUCCCAACCACCUCUUAGUGAUUCCUUGAUUCCUCCCCCAUUGGGAAGGCCAUAGGGCAUUAAUUGAAGGAACUAACUUCUCUCCUUUUCCUGUACCUCUACCCUACAGUCUGUUGAGGGAAACCCUUAAGACCUCUGGUGUAAGAGGACUUUGGAGUUUGGGGGGUGAGCCAUGAAGGUGCUGGCUUGUUGCUGCACAGGCCCUGGAAGAUGGUGUGGACAUGCACAUUGUGAAGCCUGCCUUAGGCCUCAGCUUGGGGCCAGAACUGCUACUGUGGGCUCAGCAUCUUGCUGGGAGGUGUGGGAAUCAUCUGUCCUGCCAGGCAUUUUGGGUGUCUUCGGAGCAUUCAGGAGUUUAGUGAAAGGUGGGGUACCUUUCCAUUAUAUGUUCCAUCUUCCUUUGUAUAGUUGUCUUUCCUCCCAUGUCCUUCCUGUGGCCCAGGGUGGGAGGAUGGAGAGGAGGCUGCUACUCUGCUAUUUCCCAUGUGCCUCUACCAUGGGCUCAACCCCAGCUGUGAAAGCUGCUCCUGUCCCCUACCUGGGCACAUGUGAGCCCUCUUCACUGGAUUUUAUACCCUUGUGUCUGUGUAUAUAAGAUAUAUAUGUAUAUGUAUGUAUGUGUAUCUGUGUGUACACACAUACAUAUAUAUGUAUAAACUUUGUAUAAAUGGCAAGCUCCACUGUUUUUGGCAGCUGCUGCCCAUAUGUAUGUGGUCUCGGUCAGUUGGUGUGUUUGAUGUUAAUAACUUCUCAUGAGCCAAAACCGUGAAUGGUUCUAGGGAUAUAAAACAUUUAUAAUGCCUUUG